CAGACGUUGCAUAACGCUGUUCGACUAGGUACACUGGCACGUCUCUGUUGCCUACACGUUUGUCUGAGCACGUUGUCGGAAGUCGUUACACCAUCGUUUGCAUUAAGCCAGCUAAACCUAAAACACACAGAAUAUCAUAGACGCGUCAUAAUAUUGAUGCAUUUGAUUAUACAAUUUUCAGGGCUCUCGAAGUGUACAUAGAAUCGGGAGGACAAUGCACAAUGAGCCAGGAAUUGGCGGAACAACGAUCAGCGCCAGGUGCUUGCGGUUUAGGGGGUCCUCUGCGCUAUCAGAACGUAGUCAUCAUCUGGCUACGAUGCGAUCAGGAUAUUCUAAACCGUCGUUUGGAUGCAAGAGUGGACGGUAUAUAUAGAGUUGGAAUACAGAAGACAAGUUAGGCAAGAACUGUCAUUGCCACCGUUUAAAAACUAUUGUUAUCAUGAACAUGCUCUGGAAUUACACCUCCAUCGGGCUAUACACUACAACGGUUUCAUUUUGUUUGGCAACAACUUUGAUCCACUCUACAACGUCGUCCUUUAUUAUAAAUUACUU